AUGAUUUCUGCUUGGUUGUUUCUAGGAUGUGUUUUCUGCUCUCUCGAGAGCGAUAUGCUGAAGUACACGAACAAGUUCAGAAGCGAGCACAACAUGGAGGAGCUGUACAACCUGCCCUCGUUACAGAAGGCUGCAGACAUGCAGGUGCUAUACAUGUGCAGGAAGUCCAAGCUUACACAUGAUGGGGCUAGUGGAGAGGGAUUCACUCUUGCCGGAAGGCUGAAAAGAUUUGACUUUGUCGGACUGAACAUAGGGGAAAACAUAGCGAAACAGGAGAACGAUGACUACAAGGAGGUUGUUAAGCUCUGGAUGAAGUCUACAGAGCAUAGGAACAACAUUCUUGGAGACUAUGUGUAUUCUGGGGUUGCUACAUGUGUCGGGAAGGAUGGCAACAGAUACUGGGUCCAGGUCUUUGGGAAGGAUGUCAGCAACACAAGGAUUGCCAAGAUGAGGGAUGGAAUGAAACUCCUCGGAUCCGGAGGGUGUGGUACGGAAGGUAGUGAUAUGGACAGAUCCGGCGGCAGAAGAAAGAUGUGUGGUGAGAAAAGUGGCUUUGGGAAAGGGGACUAUAUAAUGGUAGUUCCUCCUCCAGGAUACGAAGGAGAGCUAGAGGGAGCCCCAGAGCCUUCCAGAGAGGUCGAAGAUGGGCAGGAGGAAAAUGAUGGUUCUAUCACGGACCGGGCGGGUGGAGGGGACUACCCCAGUAAGGAGAUAAGGAGGACACCCGGGGGCGGGCUAGACAGGAGGAAGUAUCCUGGAUGGAGCUCCACCCGAAAGCCUAAGCCAUUCCCCCGCGGCCGUGACAGAAGAAGGGAGGAGAGAGAGCUACUGAGCUUCGGAGAUUACCUGAUUCCACCGCAAAGCCAAGGAAAGGAGCCACCAAGGGCCAACGCCCAGACCAGCACAUACUCUGCGAGCAUUCAAGAAGUCUUCUCGACUGCCGCAGAUAGCAUCAAGGCUCAGACAUCGACGGCGCCAAUACUCACAUUUGUAUUCAAGAAUCCGGGGAAUUCCACCAUAAUUCCUGCACUCCAAUCCUUGAUCGAAGUAAUCAAGGGAACACUGUCUCAGGAUCGGUCUAGCAGUAGUACCUCAGCCAUGUCAUCGGCAUCGUACACUUCUUCAAAGACAGAUGCUCUGCACAGCACCCAGGCAUCUGCAUCCAGUAAUGUACAGGCAUCUUCAGAAACAAGCAGUAAAGGGCCAAUAUCCACAGUUACGGUCACCAGAACCACCCACAAACUAAUCACGACGGUCUACCUAUCAAAAUACCAGGUUUCAACAACGACUGUGCCAUCUGAUCGAAAGGAUUCAAGCCAGCCAUUGAGAAGCGGAAAAGACUCUCCUGGCCAAAGGGGGGAAACCACCCCGGAGAGACGAGCAGUGUCGAAUAGAGGUGUCGGCAACGAAGACAUAAGCUCUGUUGUAAGGCUGGAUGGCCUGUAUGGGGUGAGGGAAGGUGAAGACAACGGAAAAGGAAGCGUCCAUGAGCAUGAAGGAAAAUGCCAGAAUGGAUAUAACAGAGACGGGAGCUGUGCAGUCUCCAAGGAACUCGACAGCGCGAAAUUGAAGGAUGCCUUGGAAGAUCUGGUUCGGAAAGGAAAAGUCCAUCUCCACAUCAUAUCCGAUGAGAGCUGUGCAGACAAGGAUGGGUGCUAUGAAAAGAGUAAUAGAGUCGACAUCGGAAUUCCAUUUUCUUAUAAGCUUUAA